UAUAUAUGUGCACUUGUUGACAAUCUAACACACUAAAUGAGAUGCCUGGGAACAAACAAACUCUUCGUCAGGUUUUAACCAGUCUCGCCGGAAGCAGCACCCUCCAUGGACUGCCAAGGACUGUUAGUUCCGGCCAUAUUGCCGUCAGGAUUCUUUGGGGGCUACUAGUUUUAGGGGCGACAGGCCUAUUUUGCUUUCAAAUGGUCGGGCUUUGUAGGGAGUAUUAUUCGUACCCUACAAAGACGUCAGUUCAGCUUCAGUUUUCGCCACUUCUGUUUCCUGCUCUUACGUUUUGCAAUAUGAAUCCUAUCCGAUACUUUUCCGAUUGGCAUAUCCACGACGGACUGUACAAAAUGUAUGAUACGUCAUGGCUUUUAGAUACUAUUGAAGAUUUUACAGCGGACGACCUUCUUGGCUGGGGAUACGAUGCAGAAACAGUGCAAAUAUUAUUCGAGGAGUUUUCAAACUCAAGAGAUACUUAUGAGGCAUGGAAACAAAGAAUCCUGACCGAACUCCGAAAAAUUCCGAAGGAAAAUAGAACAGCAUUAGGACAUCAAGCGGAUGUCUUUAUUCACAGCGCGACAUUUGGAGGUUACAAAAUAAAGUCAGAUCAGUUUUCCCUUUUUCAAUCUGCUACAUACGGAAACUGCUACACGCUUGACCAGAAUGACUUAAUAGCUAGAGGAGGUGGGCAGCGCCAUGGCAUAACGAUUGUUUUUAACAUCGAGGCCAACGAGUAUUUCAAAAAGUCUUCAUCAUCAUACGGCGUUCGUAUGGUCAUUCACGAGAAAGGUACUACCCCGUUACCCGAAAAUGAGGGGAUUUCUCUUGACCGUGCACAUGAAACAAGUGUAGGUAUACGACUUGUUCAAGUUAAACGACUCGGAGGGGUUUAUGGCAACUGUACAGAUGGCUAUGACUUCGUUCAAAGGUACAAAAUAAACUACACACUUCCUCUUUGUUACUCUCUUUGUGAAAUGCAUCACAUGGUCGAGUUUUGCGACUGUAUACCGCUGACAUCGAUAGACAUUGAAGAUUUUAACAAAGAUAUUUGCGACUUUGAUAACAUAACACAACGCAAUUGCACGGAAGAUGUUUAUCACAAACUUGAAUAUGGAGAAAUAGAGUGUGAUUGUAGAAGCCGGUGCAAAGAAAGCGUUUACCCAUUAACACUAUCUGGUCGCUCCUGGCCACAUAGAGAAUACUUGACCGACGUUCUUUUGAAAGAUGUGUGUAAAAGGAACCUCACACUAACUGAAAUUUAUUAUCCCGAUUUAUGCGCAAACCUUACGCAAAAAAACGUCCGGAAUGAGGUAUUGGAUAAAGUAGUUGAAAACUUUUUGGUGGCUCAUAUUUACUUUGAGGAUUUGAACUACGAACUUGUUUCUGAGGAACCGUUAUAUAACACGGUGCGUUUUUUGUCCGACAUAGGGGGAGCGAUGGGUCUGUAUAUGGGAGCGUCUUUGCUGACGUACGUUGAACUACUACACGUUUUGCUUGAAAUCAUUUUGCACUUGCGAACAAGGAGAAAGACCACCAUUGAACCUUUUAAAAAUUAAUAAGAGAUUUGCAUGUUUGCACAUUUUUCGAUCUUAAAAUGUUCUUUUACAGUUUUACAGUUAAUUAAAUAUAUUAGACAUUAUAAACAUAAAUGAUCGCAUUUGGAGUAUGCAUCUGAUGUGGCCUUUUUAUUUUGUAAUUGUUAUGACAAGUGUGGGGCUGUGGCCAUACAAACAAUUUAAGCCCACCGAAGACAAUGAAUGUUCCAAUGAAUUCGUACCAUUCCUAUGCGGUAAUCCAAUCAUUUAUCGGUAAAACUAUUUUGAUUUGUUCUUGAUACGUUUGUGUUGUUUUUAUUUGUGUAUGUGGUGUAUAUUCGUUGUGUCUGUAGUUCAUUGUUGUUUGGGCUAGUAAAAACAAUAAGAAUUUUAUAUACUUAUAUAUAAACAGUUUAAAGAGUUUUAAAUACAUUUAGACAGAAAUGACCAUGCGUAUACAAAAUAUAAAUACAAAAAAUUAAAGGAAACACAAAACUUGUUUCAUAACCAAGGUAUGUUAUGUUCAUAUAAGCAAAUGAACAAAAUAUUAACACAGCAAAACAUGCGACCAAAA